AAAGUAGCUGUGAAAAAGGACACUGCUGUUCCAUAGGUGUAGGGUUAGCUGCAACCUGAUAGGCUCGUUACAAAUGACCAGUGGACGUCAGACUGUUGAAACACACCUGUUGGCCUCCACUGCGUCCGGCACCAGACUGCCAGAAUGAAGCAGGAGGUUGUGGAGAGAAGUCUGAGGUGCUAGCCGCUCCCAUGGUUGAUGCCGAUGGAUAAGAGUGUGAUCAAGUUCAGUCACUGUGACAAGGACAUCUUUUGUUUCUUCGUCCCAGAGCAAUGCCCUGAAUGUGGAGUGAGCUUCAGUGGCAGGAGGCUAGAGGAAGCCCCGAUCAGUGUACCCAACCCUUUCUCCAAUGGACACAAAGCACCAUGUGCUUUCCUUGUUGCCCCAACAGAAGAAAAUAUCCUCAGAGAAUUCGAUGGUGGAUCAGAUCUGCACACUGGAAUUACUGACACAAAGGGAGUGGUAUACAACUACACCAAGACUGGGGUGCGCCGAGAUCAUCAAGGCUGGGAGCGGUGCAUUAGCAUUCCUUUAGUUCAACCAGAUAUGUACAAUCUCAUCAAUCAAUGGGAUCAAUACCUGGAGAAAUUCUCCUCUGCUCAAAUGUGGGAUCCACUAUGGCAAAGCUUUAACGAGGAGAACCACAACUGCUACAGCUACACUCUGAUGUUCAUAAACUGCGUCCUGGCCACCCAGUCAAAACGAGCCCUCAGCAAAGAUGAGUUUACACAGACUUUUGUUCUGCCACGUGUAAAAAGGGCAUCCAAGUACAGCAUGCUGUGUCGGGAGAUUUCCCAGAACCAUUUCUAUAUCGUAGACAGUCCAAAGAGAAACUCACAGGAAGGUCAAAGUGAUGAAGAAGAAGAUCAUAAGAAUAAUUUGUGAACUGGUGCACAUGGUCUAACAAUGGUAGGAUUUAUCCAACAGAAAGGUCUGUGAGCAUGACAAUUGCCUCAAGUAUUUAUUAGUGGUGUUUUCUUAUUCAUAAGGGAUCUUGUAUCAACGCUGUGCUUCAAUAAACAUUCAUGGGUCUUGACAUAUCUAUAUGCCUGGAUCUACACACUUGGCUUUCUUUGUGUGACGAUAUCCUCCACCUACUUACUGACAAUAAGCUAAGCCUUACAUGAGACUCACUGCAUUGUCUGAGGUCGCACCCUGUUUAAUUAGUUUUGGCCACUAUCACUUUACCUAUUGUUUCCUUCAGGUAAUCCAUGUAUAGCUAUGCCUUGAAUCAACAUUAUUCAAAAGAUACAAAUGCAAGGAAACCGCAUGAA